AUGCAUCGCAAUAGCACGCAUCCUGAUCUCUCGCAGGGUGAUGGCGAGCCGGUGCGGAACAACCUCUGGGUUCGUGCAGUCACCCAGCUGUCCGUUGGGGAAAAGGACUUUGCAGUCUCGGUUUCAGGAGACGCGGAGGAGGCUUCGGCGCGUCUUCGUGCGAAGAUCUAUGUGGCGCACUUGCGUCUGUCUGUAAUUCCGAGCAGCUCCUCGCUGCCCCCGGGGAUUCCCCUCGUGGCAGAAGAGACAGAAGAGCCGGGUCCCCGAGUCUACCUGGCGAUCUUGACGUCCGAGUUGUCGGCGAUUGUCACAGCAGCUAUCGUGGCAUUUGCACUUCAGUCCUGGUUCGCGAUCCUCUUUCUCUGCCCAUUGCUUCUUCGACUCCUCAGCACGGGUCUGGCGCUGAGGCGAGAACCCCUCUAUCCCAUUCAGGGAAUGGAAGACGAAGAAGAAGACUUUGAGAUUCACCUUCCCCUAGGGAGUGGAAACUUCAUGCUCAUCACAGGCCCUCCAGCUCUCGUACAGCAAUUCUGCACCCACUACAGCCACCCCAUCCUGCUGGUUACUUAUAUUGCGCGAUACACGAAUGCUAGCAACUGGGCAUCGACCGAGGAGAGGAUCGCGUCUGCGCUUGGGGAUGAAUCUACUGGUCGGAGACUGUUCUUCCGUGGUGGUGGAAAGAAAACUUCUUCCUCCUUGCUGGUCGAUGCCCGUCUCGACCUAACCUUUCAUUCUCGGUACCGGGAGGGACAGGCACAUAUGCGAUGCUUGCUCAAUCACCGGCGCCAGAAGUACGAAGAGUCAAAAACAGAUGAAGACACGGACGCGGACACGGAAAGCAUUGCAACAGGCGUUAACACGUGUCCAAGGCUGAUUUGGGUUAUUCAGGCUGAGACUAUCUCAAAAGGUACCUACCAUUUAACCGCCGAGUCAGUAAGCGAAAGACCCAGGCGACUGUUACACAUUCCUUCGAUGACCUCUGUUCCCUGGGAGGCAGCUAUCCGCCAAAGCACAGAGCCUGUGUACAACGUCUUGAGCUAUACUUGGGGUCGCUUCACAACCGACGGCCCCGCCCUCGACCUGGAUGGCAUUUCAUGGAAGGUCCCGGGCAUCCAGCCGGCUCAUUUCACGACCGAGGAAUUCAAGCACGUCCUUGAAUCCAUCGCAGCGCCAUCGGGUUAUGUGUGGGUGGAUGUGGCAUGCAUCGAUCAAGACAACCUCGCGGUCAAGAUGGACGAAAUCGGCAAACAAGCCGAUAUCUUCAGAGGAGCGCAUAAGGCUUUCAUCUGGCUAACUCGCCAUAGCGCGGCAUCGUUAGGAGAUACGAUCGAAACCCUGAACGCAUUUCUGGACCAGCUUCUCGCAGUUGACGUCGAAGGUUCCAAUUUCCUAUAUGACGGUGAACAGGUUCGACGUGUACUCGAGAACGGUCUCCACGAGGCUCUGGAUGCGGUUCAAAGGUUGCUCGUGGAUCCCUGGUUCACAUCACUGUGGGCGUUGCAAGAGGCCUACCUCCGUGAGGAUGCUGUCUUGCUUCCACGUUCAGGAGAGGAGGUAUUCGUACCAAGUCAGACUGUUCCCCUGGCAUUGAGGAACAUCAGUGGAGUAUUUCAAGAUAUCAUGAUCCGGACUGUGGGUUAUGCUUCCAUAUCGGAGACUGCGCGAGACCUACUAACCCUCUUUGAACGCUCGGGACUCGUGAACAUCAACCUCGGGAUGAACGUCCCAUUGCUGAUAUACCCUGCAGCGCAUUUCAGAGUCUGCGAAAAUGAGCUCGACAGAGUCUAUGCGAUUAUGCAGGUGUACAGGCUUCGCCUAGGGGCGUCACGACACCCUGAACGGUUCUUCACAUUGGAUCAGCUAGAAGACCAAUUGGCAAUGUCCUUGAACGCAAUUUCCCCAAUGGCUGCUCAACUAUUUAUUCAUCGAUGCGCCCCAAGUGAAGGCAAGGCAUGA